UUCAGAAUCAGCAGCAGCAGAAGAAGAAGAGAGAGGAAGUGGACUUGUUUUAUGUUGUGGGCUCUACACGCAUGUGUUGAAGUGUUUUUCUGGAGCCAGAGAGGGUGUUGAAUUUACUUUUUAGUUUAUGUUUCCUUCGGGAAGUCCGAACAAACGUGAAAAUGGAAGAAGCACUUGUCCGAGCCAGGAUUCCUCGAGACCUGGAGAAGGUUCUUGGUGUUGAGUCUCAGACCAGCUUUAAAGCGGAGGCCUUCACCCAGGUGUUCCUGAAGAACAGCAUUCAGCAUCACGCACGGUACGAUGUGAAGGCCAUGUUGACUCACAAGGCUGUGAUACUGGGCUACGGCAGGCCAAAGAAGGACAAGUCAAAGAGGAACAGCAAGAAAGCCAAAGGACUGAACGCUCGGCAGAAGAGGGCAAUGAAGAUCUUCCAGAUCAAGCCAGAGCACCAGAGAUACGAGCUUUUCCUGCCUCUGCAUGAACUCUGGACACAGUACAUCACUGACCUAUGCAAUGGAUUGAAACCAGAAGGCAGUCCACAGUUUGUGCAGCAGAAGCUUCUGAAGGCAGACUUCCACGGUGCCAUCAUCACAGUGGUCCGGUCUAAGUGUCCAUCAUAUGUGGGGACUACAGGAAUUCUAGUCCAAGAGUUCAAACAUGUCUUCAAAAUCAUCACCAAAGAGGACAAACUGAAAGUGAUCCCCAAGAGGAACAGUGUGUUUGCAGUGGAGAUCAACGGCUUUGUCUCCCACAUCUACGGCAGCAAGUUUGAGCAGCGAGCCAGUGAACGCUCUGCUAAGAAGUUUAAAGUUAGAGGAACCAUUGACUUGUAAUGGCACUGAGGGUCACUACAGGAUGCAGUGUUCCUCAACAGGAGAGACAUUACAUAGUCAGACCUCCACUGCCCUCUAUUGGCAGUCAGAAGGAACUGCAACAAAGACAAAUGCAUUCUGCUCUGUUACCAUAUAGGAGGUCCUAAAACCAACAGGAACCAAUCUUUCUCACUCAAGAUCAGUUUACCUGUCAUAGUGUGUACUAAACAGCCAGUGAAAACGGUUGUAUAAUGUUCUCUGUGUUUGGAUGGGUGUCAAUGAUGUCUCUGCAUGGGCUUGGAGACUCCCCUGAUCACGUUUAUUUUGGCCCUUAUCCCAAGUCUGAAUACAUUUAGAAUUUAAAAAUCAGCUCAUGUAAGCAGCCAGAUGGAGAAAAUGUCUGCUGUCAUACAGCAGUAUUUACUGUGUUUUAGUAAUUAUUUUAGCUACUUUUAUGUUUUAUUAUGUAUUACACAGUAGAAGACAGAGCAAAAAAAAAUCUUUCUUCUUUUGUCAUUAGGAAACCUGCAAGGAUUUCUUGUUCCUUUUUGUAACAGAACAUGUGAAACGUGGUGGUCUGUAAGCUGUUUGUGUUCUUUUUUGAAAUCCUUCACCUGGUCCUGGCAUGUCUGAGCGUGCGAGUUCCCCAGAGUGCCUUGCAUAAUUCACUUGGUUAGAGGAGUUGUCUUACUACCGGUAUGUUAUGCUGAGAUGGAGGAGUCUGAGGUUUGACACUGCAGACUUUUUCUUUUGUCUUUGACAGACCCAAACAUUUGGCUUCCACAGGGUUCAAUUUGGGUUCAUUAGAGAGGCAUGCAUGCAGAGGUUUGAGACUGCAGAUUCCAGACUUUCAGGUUUGUAUCUGUUCCACAAAAGUACAGGCAUGCUCUGUUCUAACGCUGUCUGCACAUAACAUUUCCUUACUCUCAUAAUGAGAACGUGUAGUUAAUUAUAGUCUACGAUUCCAUGAGUACCUGAUUCACAUUUAAGAUGCAUCCCUGAAUGCAGCUGCCACAAAAUGGCUCACACUAGUUUUGCUUUGCAGAAAUGCAUUUUAAUUUUCACUAACCCAAGUAUUGUUUUAGCAUUCUGUACAAUGCCGACUAAUGCCCUGACCAAGCUACAGGCCUUCUUCACAGCAGACAUGUAAUGUAUCAGUAGGGAGAGCACAAGUGUUAAUCAGGGUGACCAGGUGUCCAACUUUGUGUGGGACUGCAUAGCAUCUCUAUUCAUUGUCCCACAUUUUGAUUGGCGGUAGUUUACAAAAGUCCAAUCACUACAGGACAGGUGCUUUUCUAAUCCAUUUUUUAUCCAUUGGCUGUGAAGAAAGCGGGCUGUGUCUGAUGUCAAUCAAACAGCACAUUUGGAUAAAGUGCACUAUAACCUGUCACCGUCUUCGUUACUCUGUGCCCAUCAGGUAAUAUUGCACCCCAACAAAGCUAUGCAGACUUAGGUGGAAUAUGAUGGGAACUACCACAAAGAAAAGGAAAAGCAACUACAACAGAGACUGGGGAAUAAGUGAGCGAAGCAAGUGGACGGCAACUAUUGCACUAACUGUAUUGAGUUAGCGUGGGAGUUGGUAAAGUUGCAUUAAAGUCCUGUACAUGCUAAAGGCCUAACCUGUAACCUGGAUAGUGUAUUGUUUGAUCACCAGAGGGCAAAGCACACAGAUAUUAUGAGAUAUUAUUAUUAUGAUUCCACAGGGUUUGUUAGUUCAUAUUUUAUAGGCAGUUUGUUUCUUAAUGUAGUGCAGGGCUAUUUAAUUGCAAGCAUAUACAUUGGAUUGAUUUGAAGAACUUUAAUGAACUUGAAGUGUGCACUGUAUUAUCUAAAACAAUACAAUACAGCAGAUUUUAAAUCCUAAAUGACUUGGAUUGGGGCGUGAGUGUGUGAACGAGAGCGACGGUGAACGACAGCAGAGCAGCGAGAGAUACGGGUUAGCCAUACGCUACCAGGGUUAGCAGUAAAUGUACAGUCUGAGUUACAGUUGUCAAUAAAGGCUGUCGCUUCUCAAGACCAAA